CUCAAUAACUAGAUAAAAAGUUGUACUGAAAAUGUAUCAUAUGUUAUGAUACUUUUGCAUAAACUGCAUGGCUACAUUGUAAGGGGCACGAGUUCCGAUCCCGACUCCAGCUGAACUGUGUUUGCUUAGCGCGUAAAAAGGCAGUACGGAUUAACACCCCCCCAAGUCUACAAAAGAAAUUGGAUCAGAGCGCACUAUGCGUGGAUUGCGAUAUGCUAGGUUUGAAACAUGUACAUAGAAAGGACGCUUCCAUUCAAUGUUUGGGUAUGUUUCAUUACGUCAGUAGCAUCCGUCCAAAGUAAAGAUAACACAUACAUCGACCUGUCUCACCCACAGUCUCCAACGACAAUUUACUGGCCCGGGCAGCCAAGAUUUAACAGAACUGUUGUUGCGAAGGGAAGUAAUGAAAAUAAUGUUUGGAUUGAAGUGGGCGCUUACAAUUCUGGAGAGCAUGGUGGAACUCACAUGGACGCCCCGCGCCACUUUUACCCAACAGGUUUUGACCUAAAGGAUCUUCCAUUAGAAAGAACAAUUGCGGAUGGUGUUAUGAUUGAUGUCAGAAGCGAGGCGGAAGCUAACAUAGACUACCAAUUAACUGUAGAGAAAUUGUUGGCGUGGGAAGAGAACCACGGACGUCUGCCACCCAGAGCAGCUGUGGUGGUCAAUAAUGGCUGGACAUCGCGCUGGCCCGAUCCCUUGUCAUUCUUUGGCACCAAGAACGGGAACAAUUACACGUCAUUUCAUUUUCCUAUCGUGUCAAUAGAAGCUGCUGAGUGGCUCCUGCAAAACAGAGACUUGAAAAUACUCGCGCUGGAUGUUCCCUCUCCAGAUGGAGCCACGGACGACACAUUCCCGGUCCAUCAACUGCUCCUGUCCAGGAAUAUCAUCAUUGUGGAGAACGUCAUGGUCCCGAACACACUUCCGGCCCGCGGGUUCCGCUUCCACGCCGCCCCGAUACGCAUUGAGGGCGGAACUGGCGUGCAGACGAGAGUGUACGCCAUCUUGAAUGACGCGUCGAGCUGUGCCAAUGAAAUCCCGCCCACCUUUUUGCUGCUUCUUUUCCUGGCAGCCGCCGCGGUGUUUAAUUACAGACGUCUUGCUGUGUAAUUGAUGUUUGCCAAUGACAAAAAUUAAUUACAAGCGUGAGUUGUAUUUGUUGGUGGCCAUGACCCCCUGCAGCGCGAGCGCAGAGUGACUUUUCUUGCAUGACCCGUCUCGAACUAGUCACGUGCUGACUUACGCGCAGCUCAUUAGGUGUGAACAUUUUUAUCAACGUAAAGACAGUUCUUGUAAGUUAUAUGAUUAGAACUGAAGAUACAGAUGAUAUAAGUUGUCCUCAAUUGGUCAGUUUAAAAAAAAAAAAAAAAACUUUUGCAACUUUACAUUUUACUUCUUUCAAACCUUUUCAGCUAUUUGAAAGUUUUUUGUUCACCUGGAACAUGUCUAUAUCUACAUGUACAUCUACUUCAAAAGGAGGAAAAGAACCCAAUUUAAGCACUUCCUGUCACGUGUAAGAACUGCACGUGUUAAGCCGGUGACGUCAUACAAAUGGCGUCCCUUGCUGUACAUCUAUUACGUUAGAAUAAAGUUACUUACUUCAGAUAUUAUUGGGCAAGAAUUAUUGGAAGGGGGGUAGGUCUUGCUCGCAUCUGCUAUUGUACAUCCAUUUUUUAUCCAUACCACAAUAGUAAAUAUUAACAAGCAAAAUUUUAACAAAUCUUUUUUUAAAAAAAGCUUAUCUAAAGGGGAAGAACUCAGCCCUUAAAAACUAUAUCUAUCAAUAACGUACUAGUUAUUUUCCUUUUUUCGAUAUCCAAUAAAAUAAUUAAUUACCAACAAUUAAUUGACUUAUCGGGUAUUACUUAUUGAUUCAUGUUUUGUUUUUUUUUUAGGCACGACAAAUAAGUCAACUUGAUCGGAGAAUGCGCGAGGGGUCUAAACCCAACAAAUUUAGUCAUACUGAAUACUGAAGGAUUAGUUUCACUUGUUGGGGUCAAAUAGAAUGAUAAAUUACCGGUAAUUUAUUGACUAACUGGUUAUUUUUUUAUUGAUUCAUGCCUUGUCUAUGCCAAUGAAUAAUUGUGCGAAGUUUCAAUUUAAUUCCUGAAUGGGUGUGGGAGAAAUAACAUGUCCAUACUUUUUACCAGACAGACAAACAGACAGAGUGAGAUGAUAUAAGCUUUGUAAAAAUAGAAAUUAAAAAGAAAAAAGUUUGAAUUAACACCUUGGCUUGCUUGUGUGAGGAUCACGUGACCCGUGUCAUCUACUACUAUGGUGAAUUGUAAAGAAUUGUUCUCUGGUGCACAAUAGCUGCUUGUAACUAGCGAAAUGUAUUGUUUGAAGAAUUUCGUUUUUACAUGUUUAUUAGUUUUGUAUUCCUCUGUUGAUAAAUAAAAUGUUCAGUCUC